UAUCAGAUUUUAAGAAUAUGGCCGAGCAAUGUGGUUAUGACAAGGAGUCAGUGGUAUUUUGGUACAAGUAUGGUUUAGACCUUUAUAAGGUUCGGUUAGUUGGUAGCAACACUGAAGCUGCUAGAGUUGCUACUUGCGUUCCAAAGGAGAGAGUAGUUGAGAUAUAUUUUGAACAUUUGGAUUUCUAUGGUGAUAAAAAUCAACAUCACGAGGAAAUGGAAAUGAAUUCUUUGCCAACAAUUGAUGUAGGAGCAAACAGUGAUGAUUCUCAUGAUGGUGAUUUUGAAGAUUCUGAUUAUACCUUGGAGGAUGAUGAUAUAUUAUUCUCCAAAAUUGUUGAUCCUUCAGCUGAAUCUUUUGGGAUCAGUAUACAUGGAAAAAAUAGAAAAAAUAAUGAAAAACAAGAUUAUGUAAGUGAAGAGAUGCAAAGAAAGAUGCAGAAUGAGGAAGGUGACUCGGAUUGUGUAUAUUCUGAUGAUUUAAAGAGUUUGAAUAGUGACUGUGAUUCUGAAAAUGAAGAUUGUGACUUCCCCAAACACAACCCAAAAACUGAUGCUCUGAAUCCCAAAUUAGUGUUGGGAAUGAUAUUUGGUAAUAAAAAAGAGUUUAAGAAGCUGUGAUUGCAAAUCAAGCCACAAUAGGAAAGUCAAUCGAGUGGAUUAAAGAUGACAGAGAAAGAUCUAGGGCUAAAUGCAGAAAGCCUGGAUGUAAGUGGAAGAUAUUGGGCUCACUAAUGCAAAGGGACACAAUAUCUUUCCAAAUAAAGACGUUUGAGUCCGAGCAUACCUGUUUUGGAUGGAAUUACAACAAUGAAGUGUCAAUGCUAGCUGGAUUGCAAGGAGGUAUGUUGAUAGAAUUAAAUCAAAUAAGACUUGGAAAGUAUCAGAAUUCAGAGAUACGGUGAGUAGAGAAUUACAACUGCAUGUGAGUAUGCAUCAAGCAAGAAGGGCAAAGGAAAAGGCUAUUGCAAUGGUCGAUGGACAUAUAAAUGAUCAGUUUAGUAUAUUAUGGGAUUAUUGCAAUGAAAUUGUUAGAAGCAAUCCUGGGACUUCUGUUUUCAUGAAACUAACUCCAAAUGAAACUCCUAACAAGCCGAUGAGUUUUCAAAAAUUUUAUGUUUGCUUUGCAGCUUGUAAAUCUGGUUUCAAGGCUGGUUGUAGGAAAAUUGUUGGAGUCGAUGGGUGUUGGCUUAAGGGUACUAUGUAUGAGGCACAAUUACUGUCGGCAGUUACUUUGGACGGAAAUAGCAACAUCUUUCCAAUAGCUUAUGCAGUUGUCGAGAAGGAAAAUAAGAAAACAUGGCAAUGGUUCUUAACCUAUUUGAUGAAUGAUCUUGAAAUUGAAGAGCAGUACUUGUGGACUUUUAUGUCAGAUAAACAAAAAGGACUCCUUGAAGCUUUUGAAAAAGUGUUGCCCGGCGUUUCUCAAAGAUUUUGUGUGCGACAUUUGCAUACCAAUUUCAAGAGAGCUGGGUAUAGUGGCAUGGCUUUAAAAAAUGCUCUUUGGAAGGCAGCUUCAGCAAGAACUAUUGACAGGUUUGAUGCUUGUAUGGCUGAUUUAUUUGAAUUGGAUAAAGAUGCAUAUGAGUGGCUUUCUACUAAAUUGCCUAGUGAAUGGUCAAGAUAACAUUUCUCUUCGCUUCCCAAGUGUGAUAUUCUGUUGAAUAACUUGUGUGAGGUGUUUAAUAAGUUUAUUCUUGAUGCGAGAGAUAAACCAAUUCUAAAACUUUUAGAGACUAUUAGGCACUUGCUCAUGGCCAGAAUUAAUUCAAAUAGAGAGAAAGCUAAAAAGAUGGAAUUUGGGUGACAUAUGUCCUACUAUCAAGAAGGCGUUGGCCAAAACUAUGAAGGAUGCUGCUAGUUAUAUUCCUAAAAAGUCAACACAUGGAAUUACGAAGUCAUUGGGCCUAUGGAAGGUGACGCCUGGGCUGUUGACUUAUAUAACAAAACAUGCAGCUGUAGGAAAUGGGAACUUUCAGGAAUUCCUUGUAAGCAUGCUAUAUCAGCUAUUUGGUUGAAAAAGGAUGAGGUUCUAGACUAUGUUGAUGAUCGAAACAUAUAGAAAAAUUUAUGAAGUUUCCAUAUUGCCUAUGAAUGGCUCUUGAAGAAGAAGAAGAAAGCGAGAAAACAAAAAUUAAGAAGGAAAGAAGAAGAUGAGCCAGGAGCUAGUAGGACGAAGUUAAAAAAGAGACAAAAACCAAUUGAUUGUAAGAAAUGUGGCAGACCUGGCCAUAACAGUAGAACGUGCACUUCUUCCUUAAAUACUGUUGAAAUUCAUCCAUCGGACUACCCUUGUAGUUUGGACUCCAUUAUGACCGAGGGAGCAACAAGUUCUCAUAAUGUUGAAAAACUACCGGUUAGAAGAGGUACAUCGCAGGUUAUCCAACAAAGUUACAUCUUUCUGUCAUCUCAACAAGGCGACAAUUGUUGAAGAAUUGUGCCUCCUUAUUUUAUUGAAGAAAUACUGAUAUUUUCUUGUCUUUAAUUCGUGUUGUUGGUGUUUGGAUCUUUUGAUUUUCUGAUUUCUAUGUUAAUAUAAUGCUGCUGGUUUUAUCUUUAA